CAGAAGCUCGGGAGUGACAGCCACUACUGGCAUGCGGAUGCUAAAGCACACCUGCUGAGGACUUCCGCUGCCUCUGGCCCCAUGUGCUAUUUGGCCAAGCUCAGCCCCCUUGGCUGCCACCACUUUUCAGGGCUGUGUGUGCCUGCUUAUCUCGCUUGAGAUUUGUAGAGGGGCUCGUCCUUCCGUCAGCUUCCUUAGUGCUCAUUUGAAUGAUGCUCGCAUACAUAGUCCUUCCCAUGCCCAGCAAUGGAGAAAGGAAGAGCUAAAUAUCUGGGCACUUUGGACCUGGUAAAAAUAAACCUUCUUUAUUCAUUUAUACCCCACCUAUUCCCCUAACAGGACUCAAGGCUGAACACAACACCAGGACCGGAUUUAGGUUUGAUGAGGCCCCUAAGCUACUGAAGGCAAUGGGGUCCUUUAUAUGUCCAGCUGUCCUUUGUCAACAACAAAUUAUCGCUGUUUUUGUGUGUUGAAUAUAUGCUAUAUAGUAAUUUAUGGACCUAAUAGGUAUCUAAAGCCAUUUGCACAUAACAAAAUAUGUAUUUUAUCAAAGUAAUUGUUGAACUGAAAUACUGUUAAGAAGAAGUAUAUUAAUAGUGAAAUACAAUAGUGAAUAAUACAUCUAAGGGUUUUUUUCCCUUUAAUUUUUUUUGGGGGGGGGGCUCCAAGAGAGUGGGGUCGUAAGCUAUAGCUUGUUUAGCUUAUACAUAAAUCCAGCACUGCACAGCACACUUCUUGAAGGAAAAGAUGGGGAGGCAAAGAGGUUGGAGCGGAUGAAACAAGGGGGCAACGCCAAUAAAUGUGUAUUGUGUGUGUUAUUUGCAUCAAAAACAACAAAGGAAUGUAGUGGACGCUUACUGCUCAGUUCCGUGUUAAAUGCUUUCAGAAAAAAUAUCCAUUUGCAAUCCAAUGGGGUAACUGUGCCCCUGAAGGACCAGGGGCGCAGCCUGGGAGUCAUUCUGGACUCGCAGCUGUCCAUGGAGGCUCAGGUUAAUUCUGUGUCCAGGUUGGCUGUCUACCAGCUCCCUCUGGUACACAAGCUGAGACCCUACCUGCCUGCGGACUGUCUCGCCAGAGUGGUGCAUGCUCUGGUUAUCUCUCACUUGGACUACUGCAAUGCGCUCUAUGUGAGGCUACCUUUGAAGGUGACCCGGAAACUACAACUAAUCCAGAAUGCGGCAGCUAGACUGGUGACUGGGAGCGGCAGCUGAGACCAUAUAACACCAGUCUUGAAAGACCUACAUUGGCUCCCAGUACGUUUCCGAGCACAAUUCAAAGUGUUGGUGCCGACCUUUAAAGCCCUAAACAGCCUCGGUCCAGUAUACCUGAAGGAGCAUCUCCACCUCCAUCGUUCUGCCCGGACACUGAGGUCCAGCGUGAGGGCCUUCUGGCAGUUCCCUCACUGCGAGAAGCCAAGUUACAGGGAAACAGGCAGAGGGCCUUCUCAGUAGUGGCACCCGCCCUGUGGAACGCCCUCCCACCAGAUGUCAAAGAGAAAAAUAACUACCAAACUUUUAGAAGACAUCUAAAGGCAGCCCUGUUUAGGGAAGCUUUUAAUGUUUAAUAGCUUAUUGUAUUUUAGUAUUUUGUUGGAAGCCGCCCAGAGUGGCUGGGGAAACCCAACCAGAUGGGCGGGGUAUAAAUAAAUUAUUAUUAUUAUUAUUAUUAUUAUUAUUAUUAUUAUUAUUAUUUAUUAUCAUCAUCAUCAACCCAGAAAUGGUGGGAGUAAAUUUAUGAAAUUUGAGGCGGUAUACAGCUAUAUGAUUCUUCCCAACUGUUUUAAUGGGUAAACAGAAGCAUGCAUGUGUGGGAAAAGCGGAGGGGAGAGGUAGGGUCAUUCUUCAAUGAGGGUUAUCAUUGUGUCACACGACAACGACUGGCAGGAAUGGAAUUUAGCAUGACAUGGCUGUUCAUUGGUUAAAAAGGCUAGCCAAUUCAUUAUGGCAUAAUUUAAAGCGCCAGUGGAGGGGUGGUCCAUUGUGGUGGGCUGUAGUGAUCAGGUGCUGGUAAUUUCAAGCACGUGUGCCUCCUUUAAUCAUUGACAGAAGUGGAGUGUUUGUUGAGAGGGUGGCAGCAGCCACACAAUCUGAGAACCUGGCUGCAAAGCUGACAUUUUAAUAUCAGCCCAACUCUAGGUCAAAGUAAGUCAGACUGAAUUUUGAGUCCAUGGCUUCCGUUUCUCCCUAUCUACUCCCUCCCCACUAAAUUGCAGAGGGAGCCAAAGCGAUUUAUCGCUGGCAUGCAUCUCUGUGUACCUUGCCUUUACUCCUUGAAAGGUGAACCAUGCCUGACCUCUCUUGCAGCGCUGUGAUCCCACUAGCUCCCAGAGACUCACCUAGGGAACUGGGCUUCUCUGAUGCAUGUAUUUGCCCUCUGCUGGUUUCAUGCAGGAAUGCUACUAUUCCUGACAAGGAAAGGUAAGAGCAGGUGGAACCUGGUGUUAUUAGAAUCAUAGAAUUGCAGCGCUGGAAGGGACCACGGGGAUCAUCUAGUCCAGGUCCCUGAAAUGCAGGGAUCUUUUGGCCAAGGUGGGGCUCAAAACCACGACCCUGAGAUCAUGAGUCUCAUGCUGUCUGUCUCAUGCAGAGCUAUCUCUAAAUCAUGGACCGUCCAGGGAUUCAAAUUAAUGCAUAUUAACAUUCUGAAAGCUUCCUUGUGCUAACAAAAUGUCUUCCAAAUCUGAGGGCAAGGCUACUGACGGCUACUUAGCCAUGGUGGCUAUAUUUGACUUUUUCUUUGAUUUUUUUAAAAAGCAAUUUUCUGCUUCAAAUGAGAAUAUCCUAAAACCUCAAGGACAAGGUCCUUCCUCAUUUUUAUAAAUAAAUAAAUAAAAAUUAUCCUACCCCCCACCCAGCAACAAUAAUUAUUGUUACUUAUCAUAGGAAUUGUGAACGAAAUUACCUCAACUGGCCUUUUCAAAAUUAUCUGUGUGUCUGAUUUUCAUUCAGUUGCAUUAGCUGCAUAGUUUUCUUUUUUAUUUCUUUAGAUUACUAUGUAAUUGAAUUAUAUGUUCUUGAUUAAAUAAGUCAAAAGAAAUAUAUACAACUUCUAAACCAAUGGUGGGGAACCAGCAGCACAUGGACUUUCUAAUUAGGUUUAGCAGGACUCUCCAUUGGCCUAUGAGGUCAUCUUCACCUGCCCCAUAUAGCUCAUCAGCUGUAGGGUAGGUAAAGAUGCAGCAAAGAGGGCUGCUGAAGAGCGAUUUCCUUUGAAGGUGUUGCCCGACAACAUAAUGAUGGCUGAUGACUGUAGGUAGGCAGCCUCACCGCCUGUCAAAAUUGUUUCAUGGGCAGUGGGGAAGGUAAGGAUCUGGCCCACUGGCAAGAUCCAGUUCUCCAUCCCUGUCCAACAUGACACAAAAGGUGCUGCCUGGGGCUGAUGGGAAUUGUAGCCUAAAACUACAAUUGGUAGGUUGGUGACUUGUGCUUGUAUCAGGUAGACAAUUGUGAGAAUGGAAUGCCUUUCUUCCAGCUCUUACUUGGGUUUUCACUUACAGCAGCCUUUCUCAAACUUGGUUGCCCAGAUCUUGUUGGAUUACAACUCCCAUCAUUCCUGACCACACUGGUCCUGGGAGCUAGGGAUGAUGGGAGUUGUUGUCCAACAACAUAUGGGGACCCAAGUUUGAGAAAGGCUUACUUACAGCAAGGAUGGGGAGCCCAGGACUCUCCUGGUGUUUUUUAGACUCCAACUCCCAUCAGUCUCAGUAAGCACAAGGAAUAGUCAGGAAUGUUGGGAGUUGGAGUCCUCUACCACCCACCCAUCCAAUGAGUAUUGUGUUGGCUCUUAGGGUUAAAAGAUGCCCUCCAGGGGUCCUGGCCACAGUGAAUAUGCCGUUUGUCUGCUUUUACUUGCUCCUGCUUUAGGGGGAUGUCUGCCAUGUGUGUCAUGUUCAGCUGCUGAGGACAGUUGUAGUGGCAGUAAGCUCAUUUGCCCUGGUGGGCUCAUCAAAUGUGGCACAGCACAAACCGUGAACACAACAGGUGAGUUUCAUAAGAUGUCACACACCCACAGGUUCCAGCAAACAGGGUGGAUGGCAGGAAUGAGGCAAGGCUAUAGUUUUCUUUUCCAUGGACUGGGUGGUCUUACUGACCAGGCCCAAGCAGAUUUACUCAGAAGUCAACCAUAUUGAGUUUACCGAGGCCACAUGAACACCAUACAUGCUAUGAGAACCACUUUAAACUGUCAGUUUCCUCUAAGAAUUCUGGGAGCUUUGAGUUUGUCAAAGGGGCUGAGAGUGUUGUUAGGAGUCUCCUAUUCCCUUCACAAAGCUACAAUUUCCAGAGUCGUUUAACAGUCAAACCUUCUUCAUAGGUAACUUUGGGAAUUGUAGCUCUGUGAAGGGAAAGGGUGUGUGUGUCUCCCAACAGCUCUCAGCCUUAACAUACUACAGCUCCCAGAAUUCUUUGACUGUUCAGAGUUUUUUCAUAGUUCUUUACAUGUAUGGGGUGAAUGGGACUUGGGUCAACAUCCACACCAUACAUUAAAAGCACCAUGAUGCCACUUUCAAUCAUCCUGGUUUCUCUCAAAGAAUCCUGGGAACUAUUGCUGAUUGAGGGUGCUGAGGGGGUGCUUAUGCUGGAGUUUGGUAAAUAUAUUACAGCAGUAUGCAGAAAGAAAUAGGCUGGUAAGACUGCUGGUUGAACGGAUAAAGAAAACAUAAGGCUUAUUACUCGUGGCAACCAAAAACAUUGAGUUAAGAUUUUACCUGUUGCCAAGAUGGAGCCAAGAAGUUAACACCAGCACAUGGAAACUCGCAAUGGAUGAACUUGGAGAAGGGUAGGAAGGAAGUAAAGACUGGAAGGAAGGGAUCUCUUUUACCAGAAAGCAGUUACUAAAAGAGAAUGAAUCAGGGAGGAGGAAGACCAGACUGCCUUUCUGUCUGCCACCCCCAACUGGAUCAAGUUACUUGUUGCAGCCAUUGUUGCCUUACUCUCAACAGUUUGUGGACUUACAUUCCUCUCACAGAGCUGCAGUUCUCAGAGUGGUUUAACAAUCAAUCUGUCUUCCCAGGACAUGCUGGGACAUGUAGUUCUGUGGUGGGGAUAGGGGUCUCUUAACAAUUCCCAGCACCCUUAAACAAACUACAGGAUUCUAUGGUGGAAGCCAUGGCUUUGAAGGUAUAUUCCAAAAUGUAGCAUACAUCUUCUCUCCAGGUCAGUAUAAUUUGGAUUACAGGGCUAAUCAUUUACGCCAGGGACCUCUCUUCUGAUUAAAACUUUCUCUUCCUUGAUCCCAACAGGACCAAGGACUAUUCACAAGUUUUGCUUCCUCCCCAGUGACUGCAUCUACAAAGGCCCUUCCACAUUUAAUGUGGGCAAGUCAGGAAUUGUAUCAAGCAGGCUUUUCUGCUGCAACGAGGAUGAGUGCAAUCAUUACUUUCCUGAUAGUAAGUCACUGAUGUAUCCCUUUGUCUUUGCCCAUUCUAUCAUUCCACAUUCUACAGUGUCAUUUUUUAAAAAAACCACCAGCUUCCUACUUGGGUUGGGGAAGAGUGAUUUGCAAAAUGGAUGUCGGUUCUAUCACUGAGCCACUUCCUUACUUGUGUGUGUUUGUUUUAACAAGGCCCAGAGAGCACUGUUGAAGAGCUGGUCACUGAAUCAUAGGACCAUAGGAAGGUGUCUUCUACUGAGUCUGACCAUACUCAACUGUCUAAAAUAUUGCCCACCCAACUCAAUAUUGUCUAAAAUGACUGGCAUUGCAGGGGGUUGGACUAGAUGAUCCUCAGGGUACCUUCCAGCUCUAUAGUUUUAUGAUUCUAUGUAUCAGGUGUCUGGAUAGACUUUCCAAAUGCAGGAAAGUUUUGAGCAGGCAUCAAGAGCAAAAUAUCGAGGGCCUCUUCCUGAAUGCCCAAAGGCAGGGAUUUCCAAAGUGGAGGUGUUGCCGCACGGAAGAUACCAUUCUUCCCAAAUGCAAAUAGAUAUUAUAUGGCAAUUGUAAAAGUGCAAGUUUUGCAUAUCAAAGUGCUCCGAUAGGUACAUCAGCAUUUUCCCGACUGAAUUCUCUAGUACUACGAGAAUAUCAAGGCAAAGCAACCAAAGGCUGUUGUAUUGUAACAACUUAGUGGACUUAGAGAAAACCUGGCUUGCACUUACUAGCCACUCAGCUCUAUGGGAGAAGGUGGAUUUGUGAUUUCCACCCUUGUGUUUAGAGCUCUCUUCUUCCUUCCUCCCAAAUCUGGACUGUCUUUUCUUUCUCCCAGUCCCACCCAUAAGCACUACAUUCAAUGGAAUAACGUGCCCAGCCUGCUUUGGUCUGGAGAACUAUACAUGCAACGAAGAAGUGAUUGCCAAUUGUACUGGAGACCAGGACUAUUGCCUUGACAUGUCUGGGACUGCAAGGACAGGUAAGUAACCACAUAAAUGGCUCUGCUGGAUUGGACCGGAGACCCAGCCAUUCCAGAAUUCACAGAGGUGAAACAGAUGCCUACAGGAAGCCUACAAGGGGUGCAUGAGUACAAUAGCUCUGUCCCACUUGUGCUCCGCAGUAGCUGAUAUUCAGUUACAGAUGUUAAUAGAGAUAUCAUGACUAGCAGCCAUUGACAGCCACAUCCUCCUGUCCAAACCCACUUUUAAAGCUCUCCAAGUUAGCAACCAUCAGCACAUUUUGUUCAGCUUCAUAGUUCAGUUUAGGGACUGUAUGACGAAGUACUCCCUUAUGCUGCUCUGAACUUCUCAUCAUCCAACUUCAUUGGAACACAUACACAAACAUGCAUACUGGUUUUCAGUGGAUUUACUCUGAGUAUGGCUUACUCUAAUCUAACUAUGUAAAGUAUACACACACACACACACACACACACACACACACACACACUUUCUCGAAUAUAUAUAUUUGUAUAAGACUGUUGUCAAGGUGUAAUUCACAUGACCGCAGACAGAUGGCACUAACCCUGUGAAUGACACCAUGAUGACAGUUAGGAGGAGGCAAUGGCAAGGAUUGGAGGAGGAAAGGAGGCUCAAAGCUGAGGCAGAGGAGGAAGGAUGGAUAGCAAGAUGGUGAUGAGGUUGAGGAGGGGAGACAACAACAAAAGGAUUUUUUUUUAUUCUGGGAAAACCUGACUUCCUAUGACAGCAUGGGGAAAAUCUGUUAACAUAUGUCUCCCACUGGGAUUCAUUUUUCUAGAAUAUGAAUUAGGGUAGACUUACUGUAUAGAAUUUUGCUUUUCAUGAGAUAAUUGACCCAAGAGAAUCUUGUUCCAUUUCCCCCAGUCUUUUUAAUUUUUAAAAAAGUCUAAUUUGCAAAAUGGUGCGAUGAUGAAGUACAGUCAUCACACCAUGUCAUCCUUUUAUGCGUGCACUAUGAUUUCAUAACUUCCAAAGAACGAAGGGGGAAAAUUAGAAGCUUCCAUAUAAAAAUUAGCAGUUAAGUUUCCCUCUCAGACAAAUUCUGAAACUCCCGAAUCCAACCUGAUUCCUCCCUUUUUCUCCAAGUUGCCUUGGAAACAACAACAACAACAACAACAACAACAACAACAACAACUAUUUAUACCUUGCCCACCUGGCUGGGUUUCCCUAGCCACCAUUUCAGAAAUAUGGAACUGCAAAAUCUGGAAACCAGUUAAGAUGGAUUCGAUUUCCAGCCUAAAUGCUGACUGUCCUUUCCUUCUAUUCCCUCUGCAGGACCACCAGUGGCCAUCAAGGGCUGUGUAAACAAGGUUGUCUGUGAUGAUUUUAAAAAAGGGAUGGUAUUUUUUGCUGGGGUUCAUGUACAUGGAGUAGGCACUUGCCUUCCCAUGAAGGCCAUCUCUGGAAAGGCUGGCUACACUCCAGAGUUGUUUGCACUUUCCCUCCCAGUUCUUGCUUGCCUUCUGCAUGUGAAGAUCCUCCCUUGAUUUUCUUCUGGCACGAAGACCAAGAGAUCCUGCCUGAGCCCUUCCUCCUUGCUUACUUGCUUUGUGGCCCUUAGUGGCCCUUUAUAGGCCUUGGGCUUUACAGUGAAUGAAGAGCUCAAAUUGCCCAAGAUACACUGGUGUCUAUUUUUUUAUGUUCUGCCAUGACCUCCAGCAGUAGCAGAGCAUGGUGACACUCAAGUGAUGUCAUCAAGCAGCGACCAGCUGAUAAUACUGGUAGGUGACAAAUAAAACACAUCAGCUGUAGCUGAAGAGUAUUGGUACUGAAA